CCUUCUCUGCCUUGGGCUCAAUUGAAGCUAUGGCACACCGGAUUCUAAUCACAGGCGGCUCAGGAUACCUCGGGGGAACUCUUCUCGCUCGUUGGAAAGAAGCGAAUUUUCUAUCGUAUGAGAAGCUCUUUGCCCUCGUCCGAACAGAAGAGCAAGGGAAAGCUGUCAAGCAGUAUGGUGCCGAGGCUCUACAUAUCAACUUGGAAGACCCAGAAAGCAUUAAGAAAGCUGUUCUCGACCAUAAGAUCAACAUCGUCUUCUAUCUCGUCGAUCCCCGGAAUUGGGAGCAUCAAGUUUCCUUCAUCGAAGCUUUGUCAGAGCUGAAGAAGCAAACAGGCCAGGAGGUGCACUUCCUGCACACCAGUGGCGCAAAGAUAUUUUCUGAACACGCCGGUGCACCAACGGAUGCGCCACUCCUAGAUACAGAUCCAAAGCUGUACGAUAUUCAGAAGAGUCAGAAGGCGCCGUUCCCUUUACUGCAGAGGGCGGUUGAAACCAACAACCUCGUCAUCGAGGACGCGGAAGCUAAAGGCGUUCGAAGCUACAUCUUUGCGCCGUGCAUCGUCUACGGCAAAGGCGAGGGCUUCGGCAAUCCGAUAUCAAUACAGACUGUUGCCAUCGUACAAGCAGCCAUAAAGGUCCGACAAGUCUACAAGGUUGACGUUGGACGGCCGACAUGGCCCGUGUGCCAUGUCAUCGACAAUACAACUCUGUACAUAGAAUUGCUGCGCGCUAUUCUAUCCGGAAAAGAGCCUGGCUACGGCAAGAACGGGUACUAUCUCGCCUCACCCGGCAGCGUGGCCUGGGAUGACAUCUACUCGUCCAUGGCUAAGGCACUAGCGAAGGGCAAGUACAUCGACAAUGACGUGGUAAAGGAGGCCGAUGACAAAGAACUCCAGAAGAUGGGGGAUGCACUAAAAUGCCCAAAGGACUUUGUGCCAGUUCAAUUGGGCGGACUGUGUACGUUUACCGCAGUACAUGGCAAGCAGAUUGGCUGGAGGCCGCAGUUUGCGCCGGAGCAUAUCAUCGAGACCGCGGAUGCGGAGGUGGAGCUGAUUUUGCAGCAUUUGAAGGAGUGAUGAGGAAAACUUAGCUAGGAAUUAGCAGAAUAAAGGACUCACAUGAGACAUCUUAUGAAGUCUUGAAC